GGGACGCCGGGCGCGCUUCCUGGUGUCACCCGCAGAGGGCGCCGGCCGCAGAGCCGCCCGCGGUGUCGCGAGCCGGAAGGAGCCCGGCGCCGCCCAGCUCGCCCCAGCCGCCGCCAUGAAGGCCGUGGUGCAGCGCGUCACCCGGGCCAGCGUCACAGUUGGAGGAGAGCAGAUAAGUGCCAUUGGACGGGGCAUCUGUGUCUUGCUGGGUAUUUCUCUGGAAGAUACACAGAAGGAACUGGAGCACAUGGUCCGGAAGAUUUUAAACCUGCGUGUGUUUGAGGAUGAAAGUGGGAAACACUGGUCAAAGAGUGUGAUGGACAAACAGUAUGAGGUGCUGUGCAUCAGCCAGUUUACCCUCCAGUGCGUCCUCAAGGGGAACAAGCCCGACUUCCACUUGGCGAUGCCCACGGAGCAGGCAGAGGGCUUCUAUAACAGCUUCCUGGAGCAGCUGCGCAAGACUUACAGGCCGGAGCUCAUCAAAGAUGGCAAGUUUGGUGCCUACAUGCAAGUCCACAUUCAGAACGAUGGGCCUGUGACCAUAGAACUGGAAUCCCCGGCUCUUGGCGCUGCUACCUCUGACCCAAAGCAGCUGUCAAAGCUUGAAAAACAGCAGCAGAGGAAAGAAAAGACCAGAGCCAAAGGGCCUUCUGAAUCAAGCAAAGAAAGAAACACUCCUCGGAAAGAAGACCGCAGUGCCAGCAGCGGGGCUGAGGGCGACGUGUCCUCCGAGCGGGAGCCCUAGGCCUGGGGGCGGACCUCAGUGCAUUUUCAUUGGGCAGAACUGGAUCCUGAAAAAUUCAUGAAAGAUGCUAAGCACCUACUCGGCUUUAAGAAUUUGGAACUGAAUCGUGAGAAGGAAGACAGAAAUAAAAGAUUGAAUAGCCCUGCAAAAAAACACCAAAGGAACGUUACCAUUUUCUGUUGUUGCUGUGGUCUAAUGGGGAGGGGGUGCUGCCAGUGCAGGGGAGCACCCCGUGCACAUGGCAGCAGGGCAUACACCCAUGCCUCCCCCACCGGAAGGCUUUGUUGGUUCCUAUGAUGUCUUGGCUUGCUUUUGGGACGGGCUGGCCCAACAUCAUUUGUCAUCAAGUCCUUUCACACUGUGGUGUAUUUCUGCGUGUCCAUGAUGGGUCUCAAACACAUUCAUGCUGUCCAUGUUUUUCCCAGCGCUGGCCAAUCCAGGGUCCGUGUUAAGGUGUAAAGAGAACAAUCAUCAAUGAUAAUGUAUUGUGUGAGACCUUUGCAUCUUGUAAAUUUUCUCUUUUUUCUAAAAAGAAAUAAAACUCCAAAUCUCAACAA